AUGGACGUACUGGAGCUCUCGGCGCUGCCGCCGCUCUCGCCUACAAUCGAGCGCGUCUUCUCCGAAGCUUUCGCCGAUCUAUCGGACUUGGACGAUGACUACGACGAAGUGGCUCUGGCCACGCUCAAGCCGCACAAACGGCCGUCCAGUGAUGUACCCACUGCGACUACAAUGCUCAAACCUGGUCAUACGACCCGACCGCUAAAUAGCAGCAGCUGUAGCAGUAGCAGCAGUAGUAAUAGUUGUAGUAGUCGCACUAAUAGUCCUCGGAUCCUUUCGGUCCUGUCGCCCACGCCGGCAUCCAUGGCGUCCGUCUUGCAUAACCAGCAGCAGCACAAGAAGGGGAUCCGGAACAUCAGUCCCAGUGGUGGGAAGAAGCACCAGACGCUCCUUAAGGACAACGGGAUGGAAGACAAACGUGCUCGACGGUCAGCUAUUGAGAAAAAGUCAAGACAGAGACGGCAGCGUGUGCUCAAGACGAUGCGGGACGAGGUCCAGCAGCUCGAGACGCUGUACAGUGCCAUGGUUGAGAAACGCCAGUCGACGUCGCUGGCGACGGGGUGUCAUUCCUAUUGGAAAAACGAAGACAUUUGUAGAAAGAGCCAGUUGCUCGCGCCAGCACGGGCAAGUACUUUUUAUGUUGACGAGCUGGCGUUGGCAAAAAAGUACGCCGAGCUCUCAAUUGUGGUGCAAAGGUUGGAAGACGAUCGAAGAAUGUUGCAGCAGUUGCUGCGACCUCAUCAAGAGUUUUACGAGACCGUGGAAAAUGGGUUCGCUGAUGAAAAAAAGAGAGGAGAGGAAGCCAAAUUGGAGGUGUGGGACACGGGCGUCCCACCAAGUUUGUCGUUCCAGGCCGAGUUUACGAAACUCACGACAGCGGAAUGUUAUGCUUUGGUGCGUGAAUCGUACGAGGCGAUCCAGCGGUUUCAGCAGACCGAGCACUUUAAGUCGACAGGUGCCAAUUUUAUGGGCUGGACGGAUAAGCGCAAGUAUGACGAGAGCACGGGGACGCUGCAGUAUGGAUUUACGAAGCAGUUUCCGUUGGAGACAGCUGAGGGAUUAUUGCUGAAGACGUGGGGCAUUUUUACCGAUGCGCGAAAGUUCAAAGACUUGUCGUUUGACCGUUCGGUUCAAUUUCGGUACCAAGUGUUGCAACAAAUGAACGACGACUUGGUCAUUAUUCGACGGGAUCAUCGGAUCCCGAAUAUUGACACGACAUUCGCUUCGGUGCAGGUUUUGUUCCGCAUGCAGACGCCGACUGGCUUCACGCUUUGCAUGCGCGCGAUUCCGUCUCCUGAGAUUCUACGCGUACAAGACGCCCAUGAGUAUUUCUACGAUUUAUUUCACUGGACGCACUUUAAUCAUAUGUAUGACGAGGCCGGCAACGUGGCGGGAUGCGAGUUGAUGACAGCUGGUUCCAUCGCCGACCAGAGCCAGCUCAAAUCCAGCUACUGGCUGUUCGAGAUCGUGUGCUCUACUCUGCGCUGGGAAAGCGUCUGUGUCGCACCUUUGUUUUUGAAGCAGACGUGA